AUGGAUGUUGAUUUGUACGCGUACUUCGGCCUCAGAGAUGAUUGUACUGCAAAGGACAUUCAGAGAGCGUAUAAGAAGAAGGCAAGGGAGGCACAUCCUGAUAAAAAUCAAGACAAUCCGUUGGCAAAGGAAUCAUUUCAGCAACUGGCUAUUUAUUUUGAAAUUCUUCACGAUCCGUUAAAAGG